CCAGCCUCGGUUUCAGAUGUAAACAAAAUCGAUAUAUCAACGAGCCUCUAUUCUCAUUUGCCUUUCUUUGUAUAGGAGCCUAAAUCAAGAAGAGCCAAAAAAUGGCACCUCUCAUACCUCGCCUGCAUCUCUUUGAGAUCGAUGACCAGCCAUGGUUCCCUUCAUUCCUACGCAGCCACGUCCAGGAUGCUCUCACUUUGGCGUGGAACUCCAAUACGCCUCUCCAGCCCGAAUCUCCCGCUCGUAUCGCUGCAUCUAUCCUUAUCCGCCAACUCGGUAACUCACUCUCUUCUUAUACGUUCAUUGACUUCUGUGCCGGCGGUGGGGGACCUAUACCCGCGAUCCAGCAAGCUAUCAACAGCCAUCUCAGCUCUCAAAACAAGCUUCCGGUAGACUUCAUCCUGACCGACUUACACCCAAAUGUCACUGCAUGGGAGAAAAUCGUAAAUAAAAAUCCACAUAUCACCUACGAGAGUCAGUCUGUGGAUGCGACCAAUGCUCCAAAGUAUCUAGUGGAACGCCAGGACGGAAAGAAAGUGAUGCGGCUAUUCAACUUGUCCUUUCACCACUUCGAUGAUACCCUAGCAAGAGGCAUUCUUAAAGACACAGUCAAUACGAGCCAUGGUUUCACCAUCUUUGAGCUUCAAGACCGUAGCUUCGCAAGUGCGGUUAGCGUUUUGAUGUUCGGAGUCGGAGCAAUAGCCAUGGCGCCAUUCUUUGCCUUGAAACGGAGGUCUCUGACCAUCUUCAUAUUUUCCUGCAUUAUCCCCAUGAUUCCUUUUGUCCUUGUAUUUGAUGGCCUAGUUUCGUGUCUGAGGGUGAGAACACCGGGGGAAGUAGAGACUCUCCUUCGUGGCUGUGGUGCGGACACGAGCUCGUGGGAGAUACAAAGUGGGAGACGCAAAUUCAUUUGGCCUUGUGGAUAUCUCAAUUGGAUCAUUUGUAAACCCAUCAAAGGGUCUUAGUCUAGUUUAUGUACAGAAGGUGUGAAGAUCAAUAGUGGUACAAUAGUGGCAUGCAGUUUCGUAUGUUGCAUUCACCUUCAACGGAACCACCAGUUGACUGAUCCAUUUAGCUGUCCGUCCGAUUGCUCGCUCCUAAUAGAAUGCCACCAGCCUUUUGGUAUAAAUAACCCAUCUCCGGCACGUAGUGUCACCUCUUGGGCAUCUGUUGCCAUCGGUUCGUCUCCCCAAACGGCACUAUGAAGCAUCUCCCUCUCUUCUCCCUCCAUCAUCUCUGUGGAUCUUAUUCGGCUAUUUCCCAAUCGUCGAAGCUGCUUCUGCACGCCAUUAUAUAGCGCGAGUCCUCUCUCGGGAGGCAUAAGCCUCACCACUUUGCUACUGCACAGCUGGCAGAACAAAUUCGGGUUUGGAUCCCGGUGUAACGGGGUGUAAGUCGGCUCAGUCCCUAACCAUAUUGAAGAACUGU